UGUAUAUUUUUUUAUCUUUAUUUUCUUUUCAACAUUUUUCCAGCAAAAUAUGGUGAUGAUAAAUUACCGGGAUGGCAUAAGAGAAUGGCCUCCUCCAACUAUUCUUAUGUGGAAUAAAAUUUUUGGCGCUUCUCUAGCAGAAAGUUUGCUUCAAUAUAAAAAUUAUGGACAAUGUUUUUAUGAAUGCAUUUAUACAGAUAAUCGUUCUCUAGAACAAACAGCUUCAAUAUUAGUUUUCCAUAUUCGUGAUAAUCUUGAUAAAAUGCCAGAACAUCGAACACCUCAACAACUUUACACAUUUUUUAUUCUUGAAUCUCCGCCGCAUACUUGGGGACUAGGAAGGACAGUUCCUCCCGACUUUUUUAAUAUUUCAAUGACUUAUAGAGCAGAUAGUGAUGUAUAUUAUCCUUAUGAUAUGUUUGAAGAAUAUACUAAAAAAGAUUUGAAAGGUGGAUUAGUUACCUAUGAUCAGAUUUGGACUGAGAAUGAGAUUGAUAAGAAAAUAAAAGCAAAGGAUAAACUUGCUUUACAAAUUGUUUCAAAUUGCAAUACAAAAUCGCUUCGUGAAAAAUAUGUUAAUAAAUUGAAAGAUUUAAUACAAAUAACUCAAAUUGGUACUUGUUCUGAUGGAAUACUAGCAAUCCUGAAGAAUUGGGGAGAUUACCGGAAAACGAGCAUGUAAUGAAGAUUGUGCAGAUAAAUUAAUUG